GCUCUGCCGAGCGCCGAGCCGCAGUCGCCAGCCGGACGCGUCGGCGAAGAUGGCGGGCCGGAGUAUGCAAGCAGCAAGAUGCCCUACAGAUGAAUUAUCUUUAACUAAUUGUGCGGUUGUGAAUGAAAAGGAUUUCCAGUCUGGCCAGCAUGUGGUUGUGAGGACUUCCCCCAAUCAUAGGUACACAUUUACCCUGAGGACUCACCCAUCAGUGGUUCCUGGGAGCAUUGCCUUCAGUUUACCUCAGCGAAAGUGGGCUGGACUUUCUAUUGGGCAAGAAAUAGAAGUCUCCUUAUACACAUUUGACAAAGCCAAACAGUGUAUUGGCACGAUGACCAUCGAGAUUGAUUUCCUACAGAAAAAAAAUAUCGACUCCAACCCUUACGACACUGACAAGAUGGCAGCAGAGUUUAUCCAGCAGUUCAACAACCAGGCCUUCUCGGUGGGACAGCAGCUUGUAUUUAGCUUCAAUGAUAAGCUUUUUGGUUUACUGGUGAAGGAUAUUGAAGCUAUGGAUCCUAGCAUCCUGAAGGGAGAGCCUGCUUCAGGUAAAAGACAGAAGAUUGAAGUAGGGCUGGUUAUUGGAAACAGUCAAGUUGCAUUUGAAAAGGCAGAAAAUUCAUCACUCAAUCUUAUUGGCAAAGCCAAAACUAAGGAAAAUCGUCAAUCUAUCAUCAAUCCUGACUGGAACUUUGAAAAAAUGGGAAUAGGAGGUCUGGAUAAAGAAUUUUCAGAUAUUUUUCGACGAGCAUUUGCUUCUCGAGUAUUUCCUCCGGAGAUUGUAGAGCAGAUGGGUUGUAAGCAUGUUAAAGGCAUCCUGUUAUAUGGACCCCCAGGCUGUGGUAAGACUCUGUUGGCCCGGCAGAUUGGCAAGAUGUUAAAUGCCAGGGAGCCCAAAGUGGUCAAUGGGCCAGAAAUCCUUAACAAGUAUGUGGGAGAAUCGGAGGCUAACAUCCGUAAACUUUUUGCUGAUGCCGAAGAGGAGCAAAGGAGGCUUGGUGCUAACAGUGGCUUACACAUCAUCAUCUUUGAUGAAAUCGAUGCCAUCUGCAAGCAGAGGGGCAGCAUGGCCGGAAGCACGGGCGUCCAUGACACUGUGGUCAACCAGCUGCUGUCCAAAAUUGAUGGCGUCGAGCAGCUGAACAACAUCCUCGUCAUCGGAAUGACCAACAGACCAGAUUUGAUAGAUGAGGCUCUCCUUCGACCUGGAAGACUGGAAGUUAAGAUGGAGAUAGGCCUGCCUGAUGAGAAGGGUCGGUUGCAGAUCCUUCACAUCCACACAGCGAGGAUGAGAGGCCAUCAGUUGCUGUCCGCCGACGUGGAUAUUAAAGAGCUGGCUGUGGAGACCAAGAAUUUCAGUGGGGCUGAGCUGGAGGGCCUGGUGCGAGCAGCGCAGUCCACCGCAAUGAACAGACACAUCAAGGCCAGCACUAAAGUGGAAGUAGAUAUGGAGAAAGCAGAGAGCCUACAGGUGACAAGAGGAGACUUCCUUGCUUCUUUGGAGAAUGAUAUCAAGCCAGCAUUUGGUACAAACCAAGAAGAUUAUGCAAGUUACAUUAUGAACGGAAUCAUUAAAUGGGGUGACCCAGUUACCCACGUUCUGGAUGAUGGAGAGCUGCUGGUCCAGCAGACUAAAAACAGUGACCGCACACCACUGGUUAGCGUCCUUUUAGAAGGCCCUCCUCACAGUGGGAAGACUGCCCUGGCUGCUAAGAUUGCAGAGGAAUCCAACUUCCCCUUCAUCAAGAUCUGCUCUCCCGAUAAGAUGAUUGGCUUUUCUGAGACAGCCAAGUGUCAGGCCAUGAAGAAGAUCUUCGACGACGCGUACAAGUCCCAGCUCAGUUGUGUGGUUGUGGACGACAUUGAGAGGCUGCUCGAUUAUGUCCCCAUUGGCCCCAGAUUUUCGAAUUUGGUGUUGCAGGCUCUCCUCGUGUUACUGAAAAAGGCACCUCCUCAGGGCCGAAAGCUUCUUAUCAUUGGGACGACCAGCCGAAAAGAUGUCCUCCAGGAAAUGGAGAUGCUUAAUGCUUUCAGCACCACCAUCCAUGUGCCCAACAUUGCUACAGGAGAGCAACUGAUGGAAGCUUUGGAGCUUUUGGGCAACUUCAAGGAUAAGGAGCGCACCACAAUUGCACAGCAAGUCAAAGGGAAGAAAGUCUGGAUAGGAAUCAAGAAGCUGCUGAUGUUGAUCGAGAUGUCCUUGCAGAUGGAUCCAGAAUAUCGUGUGAGGAAAUUUUUGGCCCUCUUAAGAGAAGAAGGAACUAGUCCCCUAGACUUCGAUUGAAAAUGGACCGUUCACAACAAUAGGCAGUGACCAAGGGGGGACCAAGGGAAGAGGCCUGCGGUCUUCGCUCCUCGUGCUCAGGAUACCGGCCCACGUGCAGUGCCCUCCACCUCCACCAUGCUCGCUGUGCAUGAUAGUGCAGUAAACCCCCGGGUGCUUCUUGAGACGCCUUCAUGUGUUUGUGGAAAGUGUAACCUUGCUGUAGAAUGCUUUGCUUACCAUUCCAUGCAAGCCAAGCUGAUUCCUUCUUAUUCAGGCAACACGGGGAGACAGGCUGCACCUGCGCACACUGCAUAUGCUGAGCUCCCUACCACCCUCACCCCCAGAAAACUGCCAGUCAGUGGGGUGAAUGCUGUAAGAUAACACUUGGCUGAUUAUAAGGUAGACUUUGUACAUGCAAAUCAACAGCAAAAAGGGGUAAAUUCUAAAGAAUCUUCUUAGAGCUUGUUUGUGCUAAUACUGAAUUGGGUUUUUGGUUAAAAGGUUCUCUCACAGAGCGAGUUAUUAUCUUUGUGUGAAGAAAUAGAGCUUUAAAUAUCUAAAAUGCUAUCCUCAAUCAUUUUCACAGAUGUUUCCAAGUUGCAAUCAGGAGAUCUUUCCCGACAGAAAGUGAAAUCAGUACUUUGGUGGCUGUUGAUAAGCCUGAAUGUAAUUAAUUUGCUCUGUGGUAAGAUAUAUGCUAAUCAUCACCACUUGGUAGAUGUUGUUAAAAACUUGUGAGAGAUCUAUAUAUAUGGAAAUAUGUAUAUCCCAAAACAGAGAGAAAUAUUAAAAUAAUUUACAAGCUUCUCAGCACUAAUUAGUGUCCAACUCUAAGUGGGUCAAUUCCUUAGGAUAAUAUUAAAGGCUUCUUAGAAUCAACCACUUUUCUUUUUUUCCUUAGCCUAAUGACUUAUUCAGAAUUACCCUUCUUGUAUUUCAAAUGAUCUAUAAUAUCUAUCAUACAAAUAAAACACUAUUAUCUGGAAAAAUUAGCCACCUCUUAGUCAUCUCCCUCAGUCCUUGAACUUCCAUUCCAAUGCAUUGAACACACUUCUUCCGAAGAGGGAAACUUGUCGGGUCCUUUUGAGGGUGGUUUGUCUCGUCGCUGACUUAGACAUUUAAUAGGUCCUCACGCGGCCGUGAGCGUAUGGAGCAUGCCCUCUCCCUGCUGCUGCUUGGGCUGUGAUGACAGUGGUCAGAAGCCACUCUAAGGUGCUGGUGCCGCCCACAACCAGGGGGCUUGUUGCCACAGUGGCAGUGGGAUGGGGCUCUGGUUACUGUCCCCACAGUAGAAGGCAAAUCAUCUCCAAAUCUUGCUGUCUAUAUACCUUUGUUUUGGGUUUUUACACCCCUGGCUUAUUUUGUGGCUUGAAGAGUGGAUGGUGUUGUGAAACCGCGGUUCCUGGUGGCCAGUGCUGUGAGUCCCUGUCUGUCUAGGGUCUGGCCUCUUUCCUCCUCCCAUGAAGCAACACACAUUGUAUUAACUUAUGUCUCUUGUUCAGUGAGGUUAAUGUCUUUGUGUUUUGUCCAAAACUAUAUUGAAAAAGAUAAAUAUUAUAUUGUGUAAUGCAAAUUGAAGGAAUGCAAUAAAGAGUAAAUAUACUUGA